CCCAAUCCGGUAAACCACCAUGGACCACCCUCUCACCCUCAAAGUGAUGCGAAUUUCGCGUCCUUCGCUUCAAUUGCAAUCUCCAACCUACGUAGAUCCUGUUUUCUCUGCCUCUACUCCCUCGGAGGCGAGCUUGGCGUUGAAAGCCCUUGAGGAAGCAACGACGACAACUAUUCCGACUUUUCCAAUUACGAAUCAUGCGAUUCUUCCACCUUCUUUUGGAGUUAUAUAUGUUGGUCAGACUUUUUCGAGUUUGGUUUGUGUGAACAAUGAUGGGGAAGAGACGGUGCGGGGACUGAAGGUGCGAGCGGAGAUCCAGACGCAUUCCGGAGUUGUUGUUGAGUUGGUGCCCAAAACCGCGACUAAUGACAACGAAGAGGGAGAAGGAUCAGAGGAGGAGCAGGCAGAGCUGGAGGAGGAGCAGGGAGAGCUGGAGGUGGAGGGCGGCAAGUCGAUAAGGCGGGUUAUCUCGCAUGAUAUCCGGGAAGUCGGACCACAUGUCCUCACCAUAACCGUCUCCUACAUCACCCCUUCACCACCCUCAAACGCCGACACCGACACCGACCCAAACUCCAACCCCGAACCAACAACCCACUCCUUCCGCAAGAUCUUCAAGUUUUCCGGCCGUCAAUCCCUCUCCGUCAAAACCAAAGUCAAUGAUUUCCAGCCGAGUGUGGGGGCGAAAGUGGGCGAAAACGUUAUUCUGGAGGUGCAGAUACAGAGUUUGGAGGAGGGGAUGGUUAUGGAGUCGUUGAGGUUUUUGCCGGUGAGGGAGUGGGGGGUUGAGGAUUUGAACACAUUUACAGCGCCGUCGUCCUCGGAUGCCAGUUCAGAAGGAACUGGAAAGGAGGAGAAAGGCAUCUUUGAGUCACUGGCGGUGCUAAACCCGGGUUCGGUAUGGCAGUACAUGUUCCUACUGUCGAAACGCUCGCUGGAAGGUGGACCGGGGAGUAGGCGGGUGAGUGCGGAGGCCGAGGCGAUUAUGGUUGGAAGAGGAGAGCAACUUGGACGGCUGGAGAUCAAUUGGAGAACGAGUAUGGGAGAGGUUGGAAAGUUGGUAACGAGUGCUUUGGUGAGGAGGGUCGCGCCGAGGUGAUCCCGUCAACCCACUCAAAUCUGAUUAGAUACCCAGAUAUACCUUGUCAUAUUAGGAGAGACAGAUACAAUUUCGUCAUACGUAUCAGCAUGAUUUUCCCC